AAAAGAUUUCCGAAGCAUAUAUACCAUCGACUGUUAAGAGUGGGUACAUUAUAAUUGCCAUCCGAUUAAUAUAUUACGAGAACACACAAAUUGAAUGCCACUUUAUCGUAUCGUGUAAGAACGACGUUCAGUGUAGAGAAAUAGUUUACAAUGUGAAGGAAAAACCCAUCUGUUGAAAAAAAAGCAGCUGAAACAAUUGCGCUGAAUAAAGUCUCUUGAAAUCAAGGUCACCAACCCAAACAAAUAACACCGAAGACAUCUCAAGCGACCUGUUGUAACACUGGUUUUUCUUGAUCUAUAUUUACCAGCGGUUCGGCGUACGCGUGAAGAAUAUUAUUCAGUGAAUAGCUCAUCUUCAACACUGUGCGCCAUGGCAAUUUUAAUGGUGAAACCUGGAUUGGUUGCUGGUUGUGUUUAAAAUUGAAUUUUGAAAUUUUGUUUUGUGAUCGAUGAUGGACGGUGGAACAAAGAAGUUCAAUUGUACCAUAUGUACGAACUCGUUUUCGGAAGAACUGAUGUUGAAGAAGCAUAUACAAAGACAUUAUGAUGGCAGAUACAUAACAUGUUCGAUACCGAAUUGCAAUAAAGGCUUCACCACAAAACACCAAUUGACCAAACACUUGAAAAAUGCUCAUCCGAACAAAGACUCAUCGACGGCUCCGCCACGACGCAUCGCAGUGAAACGAGAACUGAGUGCGCCCGGCAAGCACAAUUGCUACUUUGAAAGUUGUGACGCUCAUUUCGAGACCUCCGAUCUGUUGAACGAACAUCUGACAACCACGCACGGAUUGAGUAUUGUUAAGAAUGCGGGCAAGCGUACCAAAAUGGAUGUUAUGUUUUCCGAACAGUUGAGUCGACAGAAAAUGGACAUGAACAAUGAGAAGGGAAAUUGUGCUGCGAAGGAAUCAAAUUUGAAUUGAAGCACUUUGACUAACGAUUAUGUAAUAGUAUUUUACAUGACAAGGAUAAAAAGAUGAAAA